UGGAACAUGGACCAGAACCCUAGGGAAAGACAUUCUGCUGCCGCUGCAGAUUCUCGGGUCUGUCGAUUGUUUCCGUACGAGCAAAAGCUCGAGCUUGGCUUGAACUGUUCAGGCCCACAACCAAGCUUGCUUCGCCUCCCCAACUAUGCCGAUUAUGUACAAAGUGCAACGAGGGGGACACGAAUAAGGGAGCGGCAAUGUCACUGACGGAUCGAGGAUGUGCACAAACCGAACGGGAAAUUGAAGCUUGGCAACAAACCACCCUUUUUUUCGUACCUCUCUGACUCUCGUCGCUAAUCUAUCGGGUCUCUCUCUCGUCUAAUCUAUCCGUAGAAGAGCGACCGUGUGCCCUGUCCCCCCCGUCCGAGUCUCUUUCGAUCAUGCAACGCUGUUUUCUGUCUUUCCUUUAAACAAUUUGACGUCGAAGUUCCAGUAUAGACAACGAGGAGCUAUUCGACGUCGAAGGGGAAGAAUCCUCUCACUCGCUUCGCCUCUUCUUCCCCCCUCCCCACCCUGCCCAGUUGCCCCCUUCCACUCUUUCAGGGGACAACCGUGGAACCUUAAUUGGACCCUUUUGAGCUCAUCGGAUGAUUCUGCACCGCGUCCAACUAUCGUGAGUAGAGACACACUCUCGCAUACGCACAUACCGAGGGGACACACGAGGAAGAAAGAAAGCUUGAAGCUUCAAACGUCGCCAUCGUAGUGUGCUUCCAAUCGCAAGCUGACGAUGCCUGCGACCAGACACCUUUGACGGGCAAUAACAUUACAAACACCACACAUUCGUUACUACUAAACAUAAAGCAAUAAUCAUGAAGCUCACCCAAGUCGCUCCUUUUCUCAUCUACACCCUCCUCGCCGCCCUCCUCCCCUCUUCCGCAUACGCCGACCGCAUCCUCCAGUCCUCGUCUCUCAACAACUGCCAGAAGAAAUCCGACUUCUCCGCCAGCUUGUUCAACGUCGUCGUCUCCGCCAACAAUGGCUCCGUCAUGGCAAACAUCGCCGCCGUCGUCUCGGUGGAAGGCAAGGCUGUCUUCGACGUCGCGCUGCGCAUCUACGGCUACGACUACCUCAAGAUGACGAUAGACCCGUGCACCAUGGACCUCCAGGGCCUCUGCCCGAUGAAGCCCGGCAAGAUCGACAUGGAGUUCUCGUUCGAAAUCGGCGACAAGCUCGACCAGGUGCCCGGUAUCGCCUACACCAUCCCCGACCUCGACGCCACCAUCCGCGCCAUCGUCAACCUCACCGAGACGAACACGACCGUCGCCUGCGUCGAAGCAGACUUCUCCAAUGGCAAAACCGUCGAUCUCGUGGGCGUCAAAUGGGCCACCGCCGUCAUCGCCGGCCUCGGUCUCGGGUCCGCCGGCAUCAUCUCCGCCAUGGGCCACACUGAUGCCGCCGCCCAUCUCGCAGCCAACGCCCUGUCUCUGUUCGGAUACUUCCAGGCGCAGGCCUUUGUCGGUCUCUCGGGCGUCGAUAUGCCGCCCAUCGUACAGGCGUGGACGCAGAACUUCCAGUGGUCAAUGGGUGUCGUCAGGCUGGGCUGGAUGCAGACCCUCUGUACGUGGUAUCAGCGCUCGACGGGUGGUGAGGCAGCGCGACUGUUCGAUUCGUUGAGCGGUAUCUCUGUGCAGGUCUCGAAACGCUCGCUCGACAUCGUCAACAGCAUCGGCCCCGUCAAGCGCGGCAUCAACGCCAUCGCGAAGCGUGGAAACAUCCUCCAGGACAACGGCUCCUACGUCGUCUACGGCAUCCAGCGCGUGGCUUUCAAGGCAAAAAUCGAAUCGACCAACCUGUUCCUCACCGGCCUCAUCGUCUACUGCUUCUUCAUUAUUUUCACCGUCCUCAUCAUCGCCGCGUUCCGAUACGGUACCGAAAUCGCCGUGAAGCAGGGGUGGUCCAAGAAGGACCGCUUCGUCGAGUUCCGUCGCGACUGGAAGACUACCCUCAAGGGCGUCCUAUUCCGUCUCAACCUCAUCGGUUUCCCGCAGAUCGCCGUUCUGUGCCUGUGGGAGUUCACCCAGAUCGACUCGGCCGCCCUCGUCGUGCUGGCUGUCUUCUUCUUCCUCGGCACCCUCUUCACGCUCAUCUGGGCCUCGUGGAAGGUCAUUCUCAUUGCGAAGCAGUCGAUUCUCACCCACCAGAACCCCGCGCACGUUCUUUUCUCGAACCCCCAGAUCAUCAACAAAUGGGGCUUUCUCUAUGUCCAGUACCGCGCCUCUGCGUACUACUUCAUCAUCCCGUUCAUCGCCUACAUCUUCCUGAAGUCCGCCGUCAUCGCGUUCGGUCAAAAGGCCGGCGUCGCCCAGGCCAUCGCCCUCAUCGUCAUCGAGGCUGCCGCCCUGAUCGCCGUCAGCGUCCUCAAGCCCUUCAUGGACAAGAGCACAAACUCCUUCAACAUCUCAAUCUACGCCAUCAACUUCAUCAACUCCGUCUUCCUCCUCAUCUUCACCAACGUAUUCGACACCCCCGGAAUCGUCGUCGGUGUCGUCGGCGUGAUCCUCUUCAUCGUCAACGUCAUCUUCGCCUUUGUUCUCCUCCUCAUGGUCCUCAUCUCCAGCAUCCUUGUCUUCUGGCGCGUGAAGGGCCAGCCGACCGGCACCGGCCCGACACAGCUCAACGACCCCUCCAUCCUCGCAAAGGGCGACCGCACCGAGGGCAAGUCGCUCCUCGACCUCGAUGAGGACGACAAGGUGAACCCGUACCGCCGCGAGUCGCUGCGCUACGGCGAGGAGAAGGCCACAGAGAGCGGCAUGAGUCUGCACGUGUCCACGUCCACAUCGAACCUCAACGGCCGAGGCGAUACCCACGAGAUGUCAUAUCUGCCCUCGCCGGGCCCCAGGCCCGCCGUGAGCCCGUCGGUGCCCAUGUUCCCCGCCGACCGCUCAUUACGAUCUCAAAGUCCUGCCCCGCCGCGGUCACCAGCGAGCGACUUCCCCCCGCCGAGUCCGUUUGGGAACGGAUCUGCACGCAGUAUCCACGAGUUUCGAUCCCAAAACAACAAUAGUCCAUGGCAGCGCGGUGCUGGAUAUGAUCAUUGAGGAUUACAGAUAAUAAGGGCAUAUCCGCCAGACGUUCAUCUUGUCUCUCUUUCCUUUUUCUUCUCGUUACCGUUUACAUCACACUUUUCCGGGGGCGUUAUAUAGAGUCUCAUCUGGAAACCUGCAUCAGCAAGCGUGCAUAGAAAAGAACACCAUCUACUUUGUAUAAUCGGGCGUACUUGCCGAGGUUUCCCCUGGACAGCCACAUCUGGGGAACUGCGCAGGAUCCAUUCGCCCUUAUGCCUAGACUUGAGAAAGCUUAUGCUAAUCAAUCGAAAAGGCCCAUGAAACUGUAACAUGAGCUUUAAUCCCUACUUGUGCCGUGUUAUCGUGUGUUCAAGGGCAGGAUAGCUCCGACUCCUCAUCCUAUCUUCACGAGGCACCAACUACGACACC